CCAACUUCCAGGUUCGGGGGGAAAAAAUAAUAAUAACCGAGAUUUCUGCAGGAUAAAUACUAUUUAUUUUAAAUGAUUCAUUGAUAUCAAUGGUGGAUUUUGUCACAUUUUGCGAUGCUUCGCUGUCGCAGGGACAUCUAACCAGGAACUAGACGUGCAAUAUGGAGAUUUUAGAGAGAAACAAUUGCUAGUCUGCUAGCUUAGCUUAGCUUAGGUUACUCUCGCAUAGCACAGUGUUAGCAUCGCUAGCGCGCUAAUAUUUCACUACGGACGAGCCGAUCAGGAAUUCGGACGAAAAGCCCGUCAGCAUGUGGAUGGUGGGCGAACAUGGAAGGAUCGUAUAGAAUGAGUGUGAGGGAGCUGUGUGAGACGGAUGACUUGGCUACGAGUCUGGUGCUGGACCCGUUACUUGGGUUCAGCACCCAUAAGAUGAACAUAAGUCCUCUGCCAGAGAUCCGGCGAUGGAGCUACCUGAGGGAAACGCUGCUGCGCUUCAAGCGCACUCGGGACUUCCAGGCCACCUUCGACGCCCUGCUGGAGGGCGAGUGGACCAGCGAGUACUUUCGAGACCUCGGCUCGCACCGGCAGGAGCUCCUGAGGCAGCACAUGUACCGCUAUCUCACUGCCUUCCUAUUGGACAGUGGCGUCCAGAUCGAGUCAUGUGACCGCUAUUCUUCAGAGAUCAACGGAGCCAAAAUCACAGCAACCAGAAACUGGUCGGUCGGAGAGCGUGUGGAGGUUCUGCAGGGGUGUAUCGCCGAGCUGAGUCCUGCCGACAGCGCCGUGCUCAGGACGGGCGUGAAUGAUUUCAGCGUGAUGUACUCGACACGCAAGCAGUGCGCUCAGCUCUGGCUCGGCCCCGCCGCCUUCAUCAACCACGACUGCAGGCCAAAUUGUAAGUUUGUACCUGGGGAUAAGAACGGAGCGUGUGUGAAGGUUGUCCGUCCCAUCUCACCUGGGGAAGAGAUCACAUGUUACUAUGGAGACAGCUUUUUUGGGGAAGACAACGAGAUGUGUGAAUGUUGCACCUGUGAGAGAAGAGGGAAAGGGUUUUUUAGACACAGGUUGGCCGCGCUGCAGGAGUGGGAAGGUUCAAACGAUCCACUAGGCCAGAAGUACAGGUUCAGAGAGACGGAUUUGCGGCUGAACCGAGAGAAAGGGAACAGUACACCGAGUCCAUUCCUCCCAGUAUCUAACCCAGCCUGCUCUGUGAAGAAUUCCCAGCAGACGAAAAGAAACGCCCCUGCAGUAAGCAGCAGGACGACAAAGACCAAGAGGUGGAAGAGGGAGGAGCGAGCCAAGCAGGCUGAGAAGAGGCGACACAACCACAUCAUAUCGUCUCAUUUCAACCUGAAGGACCUAAGUGUUUGCUUGUACAGUCACAGCGUCGACUUCCUCCUGAGCUGUAAGGAUCCCGCCGGGAAAGAGCGAGCCUUUCUGCAGAGAAUCGAGAGCGUGAGACCAAAAUUGGAGACACGGGACACGAACACCAUCGGGUCUCAGUCACCGGGCGACAUCGAGCCGAUCGGAGGUGAGGAGUCGAGAUACGAUGUGUCGAGUCACACCGACAAACUGAACUUGAAACCUUUCACGCUAACCUCAGUCUCGGGUGUUUUUGAUAAAAAUCCUGCAAGCGCUGAAGAACACGAGGCGGAAACUACCGCCUUCAGAGUCGUUCAUCAGAUGGCCAUCUCUUCACGAACCAGGAAUAUGCUUCGCACCCGACUUCGAUGCUCCGGAGCCUUUGAUCGAGGUAAACUCUCCCGCAUGAAUAAAAAGGCGGUCAAACUGAUAUGCCGGACAUCUAAGCUGCGCGCUGGUGCUAAACGCCACAGUCGGUGUAGACGCGGUGCUGUCAGGAAAGGUGUCCCCCAUAAGUCUCACAUAAACAAAACCCGCCGAGAGACAAACGCCGAGUCAUCUGCGGGGAUCACAGAGGAGAAGCGGCGUAGCUUUGGGGAUUCUCACAAGGCCACGGCUGACAGCGAGAAGCGCAUCACUGUCUCCGACGCUGCUAGGGAAGGGGAUUCGAGCUCCCCGAUUGCUUCUGAGAUCUCCGGGGAGCUGCAAAAAAACCACAUCCCUUCUGUCGUCUCUGGCACGAUUGAUGUUAACACUUCAUCGGCUCCUCUUUCCUCCACUCACCCACCUCCUCCUCCUCCUCCUCCUACUUCUACUCCUCCAGCUUCCUCUUCUUCUCUCCCCUCAGGGUUGACGCGUUACGUGCAAGUCAGUCUGGUCAGAGUGGCGUUCCCAGGAGAGCGGGCAGAUCAGGGAAAAGCAGACAGCAGCGGAGAAAGUGCGGAUCCUACGCCUUCAGCAGCUGUAGAGAAGCAGAACUUGAAGUGCAAAAGAAGCAAAGGUACCUCAAAAGUCGGUGUAAAGAAAGGGGUCAGGGAGAUGUACUUUACUCCGAGCGCAGACAGCUUUUUAAAGGUGACGUGCGACAUAGAAAGUAGCGGGAAUGCCGAAGAGCAACAUGUGGCACCGGUGACGCAUAAGGGUAGCAAGAGGAACAAUGAUGAUCAGGUAAUGGAGGGGCAGAAAGAAAGUAAUUUUAACAAUCAGAGAGAUAAUAAAGUGUGUGAUUCUGUACGUGUUGAGAAAUCUUUGGUAGAGGACAACGAGGUAGUGAAUAAUUUAAGGAAAAGAGGACAAGUGCUAAAAGGUCAAACUAAACAGAGUGAAGCAGGUACAGCUGAAGAUAAGGAUGAGGACAAGCAUAAAGGUAAGCAAGGUGAGGAGGUAACUGAGCAAAAACAAGAUAGGGUACAGAAAAAAUCUGAUUUGUUACAUUUUGGAAGCAGAACUGUCGUCAUAAAGGAGGCAAGAGUCCUUCUCUCUGACAUUUUAAAAAACUUGAGCAGUGACCUGGUUAGUCAAGGACUCGAGGGUAAAGAGUACCACCACGUAGUCAGGAAUUCUCACAAACAAUUAAAACCUGAAUCGAUUAAAAACUUGUCAUCUCUUAAAAAUUCCCCAAAAUUAAAUUACGAGCAACUUAAAAAGAUCCCUGCAUCAGUGAGAGUAACCCACAUAACCCAGCGCAGUGCAGAAAUUUUAGAAGAAAUUUCAGAAGGUGCGAAAGCGUCAAAAAAAAAAGAUCCAGAAACGAUUCCGCUUUCCUCCGAGUCUCUGUCCCCUUUAAAACCCAGCCUGGAUCACAAUUCACAGAGCAGCAUCCCACUAAAGAAACGCGUUUUCCGGGAAUCCCUCGAAACCGAUCCCGAUCAAGACGCAAGUGUAACUACGACCACAACAGAGACUCCGUGUCCCAGUAAAAGUCAGGAGACCAGGCUGGAAAGCCUGUUACCUUCGCCUCCAGGAAAUGAAAUCGUUGAUAACAGAGCUCAGAAAUUGACUUUACAGUCGAGCUCUUCUUUUAAAGAUGAAGGGUUAGCAUCUAAAAGGGGAAGGCUGUGUAAAUCUGUAGUGACCAGGAAGCCAACACUAAGAAAAUGUCUCCAAACAGCUCAGGCUGUACCAGCACAAGGUCCUAACAGGAUAUUUAGAGAUCGAGGUACUACAGGUAGCCUGUUGGCAUCAAAGACGCCUAAAAUUAGAGCAAAUAUUAAUAGAAAAUGCAAAUUGAAAUCUGACUUAGGAACCCAAGCGUUAGAGUGCGUCGAUACAGGGAAAGAAAUAAAUGAGAAUGUUAGAAAGACAGGGCAAAAUUUAGAAGAGGAGAUGGAGGAGAACUCAAAAGCAGAUGAUGGCGUCUUGUCUGCUUCAGAGUCUUCAGUUAACACUGAAGAUGAACAGAACCUUAAUUUUAGAAUACGCCUAAAAAGGAAACGGGGGAAGGAAUGGGAAAUGGAGAGUGAAUUCAAGGGGGAAAGUACUCUGGUUGCAACACAGAAUGCGGAAGCACGUGCUGACGGCCUUGACCCUUUUAAGGCUAUUUUGGAUUCUGUCGCAAUCUUGAACUUGGAAAUGGAGCGAAUUCGCGGUCACGGAGAAGCAGACAAGAGCAUCGGUCUGGAGCAAGCCACGAAGGCCGUCCAAGACGUCUUGGAACAUUGCCAAAAAGAAAGUACUUUCAAACCCAGGAAAAAGCAUAAAAAGUUAUCUGGUGCUAACAUCAACACUGAAAAGCAUGCUAAAGGACAAGAGGCCUCCGUUAAGGGUAAAACCUUGUUACCCGAGUUACCUGAGGUGCCGGAACCGAGGCAGUUUGUGAGACAUCUCAAAGUUGAAGCGGAUAAUAUAGACAUUAAACCUUUACCUCUCCUUCGGUUGCGCCGUAGGGCUGAGGGCAGGUGGGAGGUGGAAGGUGAGGAAGGUCAGAAACAAGAUGGAAACAUGGGACUUGGUAAUCCUGUGCUUAGAGACACCAGAAUUUUGUCAUGCUUCUUUCCUGAGAGGAUGCCCACGGGAGAGAUGGCUUUCAGCAGGGUCAAAGAAGAAAACCUGUCUCCUUGCCAGCACCGGACAUCCGCUAGCAAGUGUGACAGGAUUAGAGAGCUCUCUAAAGGUGCGGCUACUUCAGAGCCGUCCUUACUGUCCCUUUCACCCUUAUCUCUGAACUCUCCCUAUCAAGAAGGAUUAGCGGAAAUAGCCCAUGGCACAAGAGUUAAAGAAACACUUCCUCCAGAAAGAGUCGAGAAUCUUGAGAGCACAGAAUUGGGUGAGGUUUGCCUAAGUCACAACUUGCUUCAGAUCAACAAAAGCCUCUCUAAACUUCAAGCCAUGAGCCAACAGCAGCCAUCAUGCGCACCUGUUAACGUCAGUGCAACUACCUCGUGUCAGAUCCAGUCAAAACCUUUGUCUCCUCCCACCUCGCCUUUCACCACUGAAUGCACCUUUUCAAACUAUCCAGAGGACAUUUUAGAUUUUCAGUGCUUAAAUCUCGACGGUUACGAUCAAGCACAUGCACAAAGCAGCCUCCAAAACACACUGACUGACUACUGCUCCGGCGAACCGCAUAACACCGGCUCUUUUAGUAGCCCUUUCUCUCAAAGCCCAGCUGAUGGAUGGAACCCAGAGACCCCCUACCUCGGUUCCCCAAGCCCGGGAAGUAGCUUUAGUACUCCAGAAGACCUGAGCUUUCCUGAUCUUGGGCUUGCACGAUAUGACACACCAUCUUUUAACAACGAGUUCUCUUCCAAAGAUAAAGCGCUCUGUUCUGCCAUGUUAGGUUCAGCUGCGGUCAGAGAUUCGGACCGGAACAUGAUCUUCUCUGAUAGCAUGUCAGCAAAGCGCAACAUAAUUUUUCAGUCUAAAGAAGAUUCUGCAACGCCGCUGAUUUGUGUGGCAGAUAAAACACUAGGCAGCCAGAGAGACUUAAUAAUAUUUAACACUUCCUCAAAUCCUAAGCAGAACGUCCCCCCUGCUGCUUGUGCGCAGUCCCAGGACAAGAUACAUUUCCUUGACAGCUUAAGGAAUCAGUCAACCCAGUCAGACUUAAGUAAAAUCCAAUCAAAGGACAAAAAGAAUGAGACGAUCAACUUUGUUAGCACGACUGAUAAAUCCCAGCCUACCGUCGUGAGUCAGUCUGUGCCAGGUUUAUAUAGUGCUGCAUUACAAAGCAACCCAGUUAAACCCUUCCACUCGCUCCAUACAGGAAGCAGGACCACCUCGUGCUCAGAGUUACCUGGGCCUCUUAACCUUGGCAAUACGGUUUUCCGUGGCUGUGAAAAAAAGUCGACCGUUUUCCAGAACUUUAACAAUUUGGUGAAAACUGAAGGAGGAGCAUACGGUCAAAAUGUCUGCAAAGGCUCUUCAGUAGGCGACUCAAAGUUUUCUUUAAAGUCUCACGGUAGCAAGUCUGAACUUAGUGAACCUGUUCCUGGGCCGUCGAGUUUACGUAAUCACAAAGAUUUAUCCUCUGAGUGUUCUCAAAAUGCGUAUCUGAGAUACCCCGAAACCUCAAGAAGAGACACAAAGACUGUUCCACCAAACAAAGGACUAUCUAAAGCACAUCCGCAAAGCGAUCGUGUUUACCCGGUUUACUUUGUCAGCUCAAGCAAAACCUCAACACAUGCCAUCAAGGGCAUGCCGGUUGAAAAGCCUCUGAACAUAAGGGUUGAAAAUGCCAUCAAUCCUAACAUUCCUUCUACGUUUUUCCACAGCACUCAGAGUCACAGCAUACUUAACAGUAAAAACCUAAGACCGGAUAAACCCCAUGCCGUGGUAGCCCCAAGUCAGAGCUCUCAACUUUCUGUCCCACUUGACAGAAAUCAGCUCUGUUUCUCACACUGUGAUCCUUUAGACGCCAGCUUCAGCUCCACGCUUUCCCCCGCUGUUUCCCAACAAGGCAGUCCUCAAGUGAGCUACAGAGAUCCUGUCGGUCAGGACGCCCCAGCGCCCAAACCUCAGCCACCUUCCUUUGUGUGCAAUCAAGCAGCUCACCCGUCUUACGUCGUGAACUUCACUGGCGAUCACUCGGUCACCCUGAACUACAGUGAUGGCGGAGAAAGUUUGAAUUACUCUUCGUCGGUGCCCACAAAUUACACGUACCAUUGCCUCAUGGAACCUUCCGGAACCCAAGGAAGGCUCAUCGUAGAACCGUGCGGUCCCUCGACCAUCACGCAUUCUCCUUCUAUGGGCAGCUUUGUGGGACCUAAAGGGCUUGCGGAGAUGAGUAAGGACUCGCAGCAGCACGGGCCGUCCGGAUGUCAUCCGGUCAUUUCCCAUCACUUCCUGUCGUCUCACUCGCAAAGCGCCUCUCUGACGGACCGCAAGCCCAAGAGACUGCGGCUGGUAGUCACUGACGGUACAGUAGAUCUGGACCUGCAGUACACAGACUGAUAAUAUUUAUUAACGACAAUGCAAAUAUCUUGUUUAUAUGUAAAAAACAAAACAAAAAAAAACAUACUUUUGAAGUUGUGCUUAGCAUUUAUGAUUUACGAUAAACUUUUUUUUGUGUAAAAAUACACAAAUAUUUAAAACUUAGUUCAUUGUCACCCAUGAUGGAUUAAUCGUGUAGUAUAUUUAUGUAUGAACUGUAGCAGUUUUCACAUCGUAGUUCCAAUCGGCCACAUGAUGGAGAUGUCUUUCUGUCUUGUGGAUCAAUUUUUUUCUUCUUCUUUAUUUUCUUUUCAUACUCGUGUGUUUUAGAGGAUGACGUAGGGACUGUAGGAUAACCGCAUUUUCACCGUGACCGUGCGACGAUAUAUAGAUAGAUGGAUAUAUAUUGGGGUGGCUCUGUUUUGUGGAGGACCAAGACAGGGAGCAUGCGCUGUAUUUUUUAAAUAUAUAUAUAUAUUUUUAGUUCUCAUUUUUCUGCCAGGCUCAUUAACAGUAGUUGAUGGUAACUUCAAGGCAACCUGAUCUACACCAGCUGCUCACAUUACAUACAAAACAGUAGUAACCUCUGUGACCAGCUUGCACACUACACGUUUCUCUCCCAUGUCCACAGCACACGUCGAAACCGUCAAAGGGUCAGCAAACUAGUGUAUAAACGUAAAAGUUAAAGAUGCCUUAACUCUGGUUAAGUUUUUUUUUGCGUUCGAGGAUCAAGAGAGAAAAUUUCUUUGAACAUCCAAAAAAAUGGCAAUGUUGAAAAAUCUGAGAUAAAUGUAUCAAAUAAAUAAAGACCUUUGCACUUUGGUUAGGAAUAAGGUUGUAUGCAUUUGAUAAAAAAAUAUAUAUAUAUCACAUUGCGAUAAUUUUGACACAUACUCCAAAAGAAUUGUGCAGCACUAAAAAAAUAAAUAAAAAGCACUUGACGUCACUUGAUGCUUUUCCUAAACUUUCUUCCUUAAACGUAGGCUGCUGGUUGAGGGAGAAAACCGCCAAGUGUGUAAGCAGACGAAUUUAAACAUGGGCUCAUAAUAAGUUACAAACCCACUUAUCGGGCGAAUAAGCUGGUCCAAACUCAAAUCAGUCCUGUUUCAGGAGUUUUACUGAUUUAGCACAAUAUAUAAACUUUUUUAACUAUGAUUUUUAACUCUUAACGUCGGAGCCUCUCGCUAACUGUGUCUUUCAGUCAUUAAGUUACACUUCGGAAAAAAAAGAGAGAAAAAAAAAUGCUAAAAUUCUCCCACGUGUUUGUACUUCAGUCCUCCGUACUCGUUGUUUAUGCUGGAUACAUUUUAGAAUUUCAUUUCUUUCUUUGCAGUUUCAUUGGUACCUCGAAAGCGUUCGCUAAAAAGUAUGGAAACGUUGCAACACGUCACCUCUCGUCUGCAUGGUGAAAACGUACGUCUGCAUGGGUGGGUUGAAAACGCUGAUCUGGGAUCAGACUGUUUUUUUAAACCACGGAGAUCAACACUAAUUUUUUUCCUUACUUUCUUUUGUUCAUUUAAAACCUACAUUUGCAUGCUGUGUAUGGUAUUUAACCUGCUGUGCGUUAGAGACUGGAAGGCAUAAAUAUUUGUGAAGUUACAUGUUUUCUACACAUUUCAGAUUUCACCUGAAACCGAUGUUUGUGUAGUCGUGUUCAAUGUUUUUUUUUUUUUCUUUUUCCUUUUUUUCUUCUUUCUUUCUUAGUGUACAAGAAAAAGGCCAAUAUGAUGAUUAUAUUUAUUUCAAUAUGCUCCACACAUGGUGCUUUAAUAUAACUUAAUGUUUCAAAUGUACUGUAUACAAUGUGUAUUUUUGUUUUGUUUGUUUUCCUGGAUAUCUUGGGAUUAUUAUUUUUUGUUUUGUUCCCUGUAUGUCUUUCCUGAAAGUCUUUUUAGGAAGUUUGUAAGUAACAAGGUUAGAUUGUCUUAAAUACUAUUCCACUGUAAAGAUAUGAAAAUGAUAUAAAUAAAAUUGUUUGUCACAUAAUCUUUUAAAA